AAGGCGCCAAUCAAAGAACCAAUUUUUGCUACCUGAAAUCAUCGAUUCACAUCUGCUAGGGUUUAACACUUCCUCAGUUGAAGAUGCAGUACCCGAUGAAUCAACCGGGGCCACCACUAUUCGGACGACCGUUACCUCCGCCACUACCGGCUUUUCCACCGGCGUCAAGUGCUUUCUGGAAUAGCUCCACCAAUGUGGUUGAUCACCUCAAAAACUUACACGACACCGUGAAUCUGGCGACAGCUUUGAAGAAGGAGUUGGAAAUGUUAAUUACGUUGAAAAACAAGAAAGAAAAUUCUGAGGAGGGUUCAGAAAAUGGGGCUAGUGCAGGCUCUGUUGAUAGUUGUGUGAAGUUUAUGGAGCAUUCUAGGAUCAAUAUGGAAAGCCAAGAAUCGUUGUCGUUGGAAGCGGCUAAUGCUUUAAUGUCAAAAUUGAGAGCUCAGUUGGAACCUUUUAGAGUUAUCACAGAUGAGAUGGCCCCAUGGGAGGAAAAAUCUGCAACUGUUGGAUUAGCAAAUAAAAUGCACAAGUACAAAAGGAACAAACUUUGGCGAAAGAGGAAGAGGAAACACAUUGCAGAAAAGCUAGCAAAGGAGCGAGAGCAAUAUGACCAAAUUGAUAUGGAAGCUGAUGAAUGGAGGGCCAGAGAGAUAGCCAAGGAUAUUGCAAAACGCAAGGUUGAAAAGAUGAAAGAAAUAGCAAAGCUAAAGGCAAAAGAGGAGAAAAGGAGACUAGAAUCUGAGCUUGAGCUGGCAUUGAUAGUAGAGAAAUUGCAAGAAUUACGUUCCAUGAGGGUUCAGAAAUUGAAGAAGCAAGGUCACUUUCUCCCUGAGGAGGAUGACAAGUUUCUAGAAAAAGUAAGAGCUGCAGUCGAGGAAGAAGAGCGACAGGCAAAGGCAGCAGCUGAUACAGCUGCUGCUAAGGAUGCAAUUGCAACCGCUGAGGUAUCCAGGAAAACAAUUCAAAGUCAAAGACCAGAGCCCGGUGACCUGCAUGCUAAUACUGAUGACGAUAAAAUAAAUCCAGACCAAAUGACUGUGGAUAAAGAUAAAUCAGGUCCUACACCUGUCAAUGAGUUGGAAAAAGUUGGAUCUAAAGGGCUAGGCUCAGCCAGCUUACACGAUUCUGUGGCAAAUCUACCAAUGGAAUUUUAUCACUAUUACUAUGGCAGUAAUCAUGAUUUGGGAACGCUUAUAGAGGUAAGAAGAACAUGGGAUGCAUACAUCAGACCUGGAGGAAGCCGAAUACCUGGGCACUGGGUCCAGCCACCACCUCCAGCAGAUGCGAUAUGGGCAUCCUACCUGGCGAAGCCUAAAUGACAUUUUUAUAGCAUUGCGCCUUUGAUGCUUGUGGAGGACAUCAAGACACGGACAAAAAGGCUUGUGCCUAAUUUCUCUCUCUCCCCCCUGAUCAACAGAACUCCAAGGCAAACAUGAGGGACUGACUUUGUCUGAAACAAGGUUAAUUCAAGUGCAAUACUGUACAAGGAAGACAUUGAUCAUUGCUAGGAGACCAGACAUGCCAUAGUAGCUACUAGCUACCAUAUUGAUGAAUUAUUGCCUCGCAAGUCUUACACUCAUCAAUAGCAGGCUUUUGUUAUUGUGUAUCGCACCCAUUGGGGGUGAAGCUAGAUAUAAGGGGGUUCAAAUAAAUUUCCUUCGUCAAAAAAGUAUAUAUUAUGCAAAUAGGGUCAGAAUGAAUUUAUUUGGAUAUAUACAAACAGUUGAAUCCCUUUGACCCAAGUACAAACUUUAGGGUUCUUUGGUAGGAUGUAUAAGAAUAACACUACAUAAAAGUGUAUUAGUAAUGCUUGCAUUAAUUUAUAUAGAUUAUUUUUUAUA